GACUGAACCAAAACAGCAAAUAGCGAUUAGCGAUUUACUAUUUCCUUUAAAAUAAAUUAAAUAAUGAUUAUAUUGGAGUAUUUUACAAAAUCUAAGUAUGCUAAAUAGAAAAAUUGGUGAACAUUAUAACUGUAUGUGAAAAGAUUUUUGUUAACAAACAUUUAUUAGUUAUAUAUAGCUCAGAACGAUGAAUAUUUUUAAAAAGUAAAAGGCAAGGCCUGUCGGCUGUUUACUUAGUUGCCGGUUCCUUUACUAGACCGGGUUCCAUGUCAAUUGAUCAGGUUUCUUAUAAAAGGGUUUAUAGCACCAGUGUCUAGUUAGUAUAUUAACUUUUUCUUAGGAGCAUUUCAAGGUAAAAUUAAUUGUAAUGCGGCGUAACUUCUGGAGGCUGUUGCGGAUUCGUAACCUUAUUAUAAUUAUAUUAAUAGUGGCUACAGUAUAUAUAUUGAGAACAAAAGAUGUAAAUUCAAUAUCUAUUGAGCCACUAAAGCAGACACUCCUGGGCAGUGGAAAGAAGGAUUAUUUUCAACCAACAAGCUUAAAAAAAAUAGACUGGCAUAAUUACAAACAGAUAAAAUAUGAAAGGAAACGAGUGGGUAUCGGUGAGCAAGGACUGCCGGCUCAUUUAACGAAAAGAGAAACCAAUCUGGAGAAAGAGUUGUAUUCAGUAAAUGGAUUUAACGGAGCACUAAGUGAUAAGAUACCCCUCAAUCGCUCCCUGCCAGAUAUAAGGCAUCUAGGGUGUCAAAAACGUCUCUACAUUGAGUCAUUGCCAACUGUAAGUGUAGUUGUCCCAUUUCACAAUGAGCAUUGGAGCACAUUGCUACGAACUGUGGUCAGUGUUCUUAAUAGAUCACCGGAGAAGUUGAUUAAGGAAAUAUUUUUAGUGGACGAUGCUAGUACCAAAGAUUUCUUGAAGCGAAAAUUAGAUAAUUAUCUUAAGUUUAACUAUCCGAAAGUUAAGGUAAUUCGUCUUAAAACUCGCAGUGGACUGAUAACAGCAAGAUUAGCAGGUGCGAAGCAAGCAACAGCUGAUGUACUCCUGUUUUUAGAUUCUCAUACCGAGGCCAAUGUUAAUUGGUUACCGCCGCUGUUAGAGCCCAUAGCCCUUGACCCACGUACAGUGGUGUGUCCAUACAUAGACGUGAUAGCAUAUGACACGUUCGAAUACAGAGCCCAGGACGAAGGGGCUCGGGGAGCGUUCGACUGGGAACUGUAUUAUAAGAGGUUGCCGCUGUUGCCCAGAGAUGUGGCUAAUAUGCCUGAGCCGUUUGAGAGUCCAGUAAUGGCCGGAGGGUUGUUCGCAAUAUCACGUAUGUUCUUUUGGGAGCUGGGCGGGUACGAUCCUGGUCUGGACAUUUGGGGUGGGGAACAGUAUGAAUUGAGCUUUAAGAUAUGGCAGUGCGGCGGGCGGAUGGUGGACGCGCCGUGCUCCCGCGUGGGGCACGUGUACCGCAAGUUCGCGCCCUUCCCCAACCCGGGCCAUGGGGACUUUGUGGGGCGGAACUACCGUCGCGUUGCAGAGGUGUGGAUGGACGAAUAUGCACAGUACUUAUACAAGAGACGACCUAAAUAUCUGAGUAUUGACACUGGGGACAUCUCGGAGCAGAAGGCACUACGAGAGAGGCUUAAGUGUAAAUCCUUUAGAUGGUUCAUGACUCAGAUCGCUUUCGACUUAACGGUGAAAUAUCCACCGGUUGAACCCAGUCCGUUUGCUGAAGGACGCAUUCGACCGUCAUCGAGCCCGCAGCUGUGCGUGGACGCGCACCACGGCGAGCAAAUGGACAAGUUGCAUCUCAAACCGUGCUCGGACUCGCCCAAGGCUGAGCAACAUUUCGUACUCUCCUGGCAUAAGGAUAUUAGAUCGAAGUCCCGCUCGAUGUGCUGGGACCUGCCCGAGUCGUCCCCGCGCAGCGCCGUGCUGCUGUACGCGUGCCACCUCGGCGGCGGCAACCAGCUGUGGCGCUACCACGCGAAAACCAAACUCCUAAAACACGGGACCAACGACAACUGUCUCGACUGGGACCGUCCCACCAAGGACCUGUUCAUCCGUCCCUGCGACGGUAGCGACACCCAGCAGUGGGACGUGGAGCAUGUGGACUGGGACAUGCUGGGCCAGUGGGACAGAGUGGCCCAGCCGAGAACUGGCCCCGUGGAGGACUACAGGGAGUGACUCGUGGGGUGAUUAUUGUAACUCGAUAGAAAUAUUUUGUAGGAAUUGAAAUUGAUUACGUUAAAUAUAGUAAAAAAGGGAGGUUAAAGAAAAAUCGCUAUCAGGGUGGCAGAGGUCAAUAUAUUGCGUAGCAGUAUAUUUGCAAUAAAUAACUCAUAAUGCCUUUGUUAUGUUUGGGGAAGUGAUCAUUUUUAUGUGAAAUUUUCAUGUGAUCUAGGAGAAGGCGUGUGGAGAAGAGGGGGGG